AUGCAAAGAUUAGAAAGCGAAAAAGGAGAACCAAUGCUUGGUUAUGAAGGUUACAUUUACACCAAAGAACGUAAAACGGAAGAAAAAAUUAUUUUUAGAUGUCAAAAUCGUCUGUGUAAAGGUCGUUGCCAUACUGAUCCAUCUAUGACCAUCUUCAUAAAAAGACCAACCGCACAUUGCCAUGGACCAUCUAUUGAUCAAAUUCUAGUCAUCGAAUUGAAAAACAAAAUUAAAGCUCGCGCUGUUAUCAGCAACGAACCAACAAGUACUAUUUUAUUUUCUGAACUAAAAUCUUGUUCGUUGGAUGCAGCUGCUCCAUUACCUAAAAUGGCAACACUCCAGAGAACAAUCCGUCGACAACGUGCAGCAUCAACAACAAUACCUGACGAUUUGAAAAAGCAACCUAUCAAAAAAAUCGAAGAUACAAUUAAACGCUUAUAG